CGUACUGACAACGGUUGUUUCUUGGAGGCUUUGGGGACUAAAUACGAGGUCGUGGUGUUCACCGCCGGGUUAAAGGAAUACGCUACGCUGGUUCUUGAUAGGAUUGAUCCAAAGGGGGUGAUUUCGCACCGGCUUUAUCGGGAUUCAUGCAAGCAAGUUGAUGGGAAAUUUGUCAAGGACUUGUCUGAAAUGGGGAGGGACUUGAAGAGAGUGGUAAUUGUUGAUGAUAAUCCUAGUUGCUACAUUUAUCAGCCUGAAAAUGCAAUUCCAGUGAAGCCCUUUCUUGAUGAUCUUGGCGAUUUAGAGUUGGGGAAGCUGGCUACUUUCUUUGACAGGUGUGAUUGUUUUGAGGAUAUGAGGGAUGCUGUGAAGGAGUAUGUUGGUGGCGAAGGAGACUCCGUACAGGUGGAAGUCUAAUUUGUUUUCUCACUCUGCUUCCGUUCUCUCUCUCUCUCUCUCUAUCAUAGGUUUCUUUUCAUGAAAUUAGUUGCGUUGAACACAAAAUUGUUCAAUCCCAAUCGAGAAAAGCAACUUGUAGCUUAAUUACUUGUAUUAAUUCACUUGUAAUUCAGUUCUUCAUCAUUGAUUAUUUGUUUGACUAGUGAAAGGUCAAUCUAUUACAAGGAAAUUUCAUUUCAAAAGGUCCUCCUAACAAUUUCAAAUC